GCUCAGACCAGGCUGCAGAAAUAAAAAAGUGGGCUAUCUGGAAGUCGUAUUAUGGGGGUCUUUGCUUUACAUGCCGAGAGAGGCAUGAUCCGGAAGAUCUCCCCGAAACAUGCCUCGUAACACCAGCCCAGCGUCACAUGCUCCCCGCGCUCCCCUCGUUACAUACAACCCCAACAGAGCAAGCAAGCCAGCAAUUCAAGCACGCAUGCUCCACAGGCCGAUGCAAGCAUGCCGUUGGGAGGAUCGCGCCAAAUGACAAGCUCCGCCCCUAGCACCGUAGCUCCCGGCACGCGGCACGAUCGGAAUAUCCACCACAAACUCUUCCGAAUCGCGUAUAGCCGAUUUCCACUUCGCAUCACACCACCAUCCUCGACACUUCUUGGCCACGUCAAGCUCACUCGCUCGACGCGGCAAGCAAAUGACUAGAUAAACACGUAUGCAGGGCGCGUCGCGCUGUGCCGUGCCCCCCACCGUAGCCGCUCAUCACCCGCGCUCGCGCUCCGCUGCUGCUUGCUCACACCUGCUGCUGCACGCUCACACGCUCACGCACCACAACCCACCACUCCCCACCACCAUGGCGCCGUCCAUCAUCUCGUCGUCGCCGCCGCGCCUGCUCUCCCUCGACCCGCCCUCCGGCCUCUCCACGUUCCCGGACGACCUCCCAAUCGGGUGCAACACGCUCAUCUCAUGCUUCGACCACAUGAGCCUCUCGAGCCUGCCCGGGUCGCCGACCAAGCCCCGCUUCCCCGCGCCCAUCGUCCACCGCCACCCCACCCCCCUCGGUACCCGCGAGCAGCAGCGCCGUAUCUACCUCGGGCCCAAGCUCAGCGACCGCGCGACGGGCGGCCCCGACGCUGGCCCUCUGAUCGAGCGCUUCAGCUGUCUCUUCAAGGACCAGUACAACUGCAAGCUCAACCCCCGCGGCAUUGUCUCUCUCGGCGUUGCUGAGAACUUUCUCCUUGAGAAAGAGUGCCUCGAGUACUUUACCCGUGCGUUUGCGGACAACUUCCUCGCCUCGGACCUGAGCUACGGCGACUCGCUCUGGGGCUCGCGGCGUAUCAACGCCGCACUGGCGUCUUUCCUCAACGACUACUUUGACCCGGCCGAAGUGGUAAAGCCCGACCAGCUGAUCACCGGCGUCGGCUGUUCCGCCGUGCUUGACCAGCUGUUCUACACCCUGAUGGACGAAGGCGAGGCAGUUCUCCUCGCCGGGCCUUACUACACUGGCUUUGACCGCGACCUCAUCGGCCGCGCACGGGUCCACCUCGUCCCGGUCCAGGUGCCAGACGGUGACGGCGCCUUUGAGCCAGAGACUCUUGAGGCCUUCGGCGCCAAGAUGGACGAGCUGGCCGCCAAGGGCAUUCGCACGCGCGCAGUUAUCCUGUGCAACCCCCACAACCCGCUUGGACGGACCUACUCGCGUGAGACGCUGCUCGCCUACGCCCGCUUCUGCGAGGAGCGCGACCUCCACCUCGUCAGCGACGAGAUCUACGCCAUGAGCGUGUACGAGAACCCCGACUUCCCCCACGCGCUCCCGUUCACGUCGAUGCUGUCGCUCGACGUUGAGGAGGAGCUUGGCAUUGAGUUUGACCGUGCCCGCCUCCACGUCGUCUACGGCAUGUCCAAGGACUUCUGUGCCAACGGCCUCCGCGUAGGCAGCCUUAUCAGCCAGGCCAACCCGCUCCUCCUCCGCGCCAUGGCCAACACGUCGAUGCUGAUGAAGAUCUCAUCGCCUGCCGACGUCAUCUGGUCGUCGCUGUUGACUGAUCGCGCGGCGCUGGCCAAGUUCAUGGCGCUGAACAAGACGAGGCUUGCCGACGCUGCGGCUUACACCCGCGACUGGUUCCAGGCGCGUGAUGUCGAAGUCGCACACUCGAAUGCCGGCAACUUUGUCUGGGUCAACCUCGGCGCACGGUUGGGCUUCGACGACGCGGCCGAGGAGAAGCGCGUGUUCCAGAAGCUCCUUGAUGGAGGCGUGUACAUUGCGCCGGGCAGUGCAUACCACAACCCCAUCGCUGGAUGGUACCGUAUCACGUUCAGUGUGUCGCGGGAUCUCCUCAUGGUUGGCUUGGACAAGAUGGAGCGGAUCUUGGGCCUGUGCCCGAAGUAUUAGCGUGCCGCGCACCGAGCGUGACUGUGUAACUGUAUCAUGUGUGUAUACUUGUAGUAGAUGCGACUAGCUGUG